ACGUUUGGCACACCUAAUCAUCAUCCGCGCAGUCAGCCAUUCUUCGAUCAUGUGUUCUCUUUCUCGGCACUCCGAUUCGUUUUUGAAACUCAGAUUCGAUAUUUGCCGGAUCGUUUGAAAGGUGGCGGUAUGUAUGACAAUCCAGAUUAUGAAAGUCCAAAUGCAAAACGGAGAGCACUCAAAUUGCUCGGCAAAGGAAAGUAUAUUGAGAAACAGUUGUCAAAGAAGGCUGCGCUCUCUAAAGCACAACAGAUCAAGGAAGUGAUUGCUGAGAAAGUGGAGGAUCCCGUAGGCGAGGUGUUCGAAAUAAAGGACGAACCUCUGGACGAAGAAGCGCAAAAAAUCGUGUAUCGAUGA